GCUCUCCCCAUCUCUUCUGUGCUCUUAACCCCAUUCUCACUCCCCGUUCUCUCACUCUCCACUGAUCGCCAUGUCGUUUUACACCCUCCCGCACGCGCCGACCAUCCCCGUAGUCGAGUUCCACCCGCAUGUCCCGGACGCCGCGAUCGCCGACCUCCGGCACCGCCUGGCGUACGCUGCGCCGCGCGCCCGCACGUGGGACAACACGAACGGGCCCGCCCACCUCGGCACGAGCCAUGACUGGGUCUCGGACAUGAUUGAGAAGUGGCGCGCGUUCGACUGGCGCGCGGUCGAGGCCGAGAUAUCGUCGUUUCCCUCGUACCACGCCACGGUGCAGUACAAGGGCCACGCGUACAAGAUCCACUUCUUGGCGCUGUUCAGCGCCAAGCGCGACGCCACGCCCAUCGUCUUCUCGCACGGCUGGCCGGGCUCCGUCCUCGAGUUCGUGCCCAUGCUCAACCACAUCAAGCAGCAGUACUCGCCCGCGACGUUGCCGAACCACAUCAUCGUCCCCUCGCUCGUGGGGUACGGCUUCAGCUCGCCGCCGGCCACCGACCUCGCGUUCGGGAGCUACGACAACGCCGCCAUCCUCGACUCCAUGAUGGCAGGGCUUGGGUUUGGGCGCCAGGCCGGCAAGGGCGGAUACUACGCACAGGGCGGCGACAUCGGGAGCUUUGUUACGCGCCAGCUCACAAAGUUCGACAGCUGCAUUGGCAUCCACCUUAACUUCUUGCCGAUGGGCGUGCCGAAGGGCGCAUCGCUCGCCGAGCUCGACGAGACGGACUCGCACGCGAUGGCCCGCGGCCUCAAGUGGCGGCAGUGGGGCGAGGGCUACCGCAUCGAGCACUCGACCAAGCCCGCGACGAUCGGCGCGAUCCUCGACUCGUCCCCCGUCGCCGUGCUCUGCUGGAUCGGCGAGAAGCUCGAGGGCAUCCGCAUCACCGACCGCGCCCAGAAGCUCCACUUCAUCCUCUCAGACCUCAGCUUGUACUGGUACACGAACACAGCGGCCACCUGUAUCUGGGAAUACCGUUCCGCGUGGGGCAUGGAGGGCCACAACAACGAGGACUACCCCGCCCGCAUCGACAAGCCGGUCGGAUACUCCCAGUUCAUGUACGAGAUCAUGCCGACCCCGAUCCCGUUUAUGCGGCGCGUCGCGAAUGUCGUGCACGCCAAGCGACACCUCGAGGGCGGGCACUUUGCCGCGCUCGACGAGCCCGUCGCGCUUUGGGAGGACGUGCAGGACUUCGUCAAGGCUGCGAGCGGGGCGGAGCCCAAGCUCUGAGGGGACGAGGAUUGGAGAGUACACUGCGUGAACAAGGAUGGGAUUUCUGGUCAGAAGUACAAAGUACGAGUGAUGCAGUUGGUCUAGGCAAG